GGCAAGAAUUGCUACAAACAAGAGGAGAAAAAUGAAGUUAUAUGGAUGAAGAUGGUUGCUCUUUGACUUAAUCUGGCUCAAGAGGUUAAAGAGACUGUAGGAAUGAUGUCAUCAGUAUGCUAUCCAUUAGGAGAAAUGGCAUUACCAAUGGGUCCAGUAAACAAAUGGAUAAUUUCGGCCCAUCCCAUUCCAAAUUUUGUUGAAGCUGAACUUUGUCAGCUAUUGUCCAAGUCUGAAAUGAAUGAUAAUUUGGCAUUGGAUUACUAUGCCAAAGCCUUGUCAGAGAGUUUUUGGAUGAAGAAGCUUGACCAACAAUGGAAAGAUUAUUUGUCUCAACCAGAAUGUCAAAAUUCACUUUUAGGAGGAGCUGAUGUGCUAUCUCUCAAUGCAUUCAAGGAAAUUACCUGUGUUCCAGGAAUGUUGAUUGUCCUCCUCCUUCGAAGCCCUCCUGUUUUCUAAUUUUAUUUAAUUUUUAUCACUAGAAGGAAUGUGGAUUCGAACUACUAUUUGAUUGACGUCCGUGAAGGCGGUUCUUUAAUUCCCAAUAUUCCUGCCAUUAUUGGUCAACCAGUUGUUUCUGCCGAAUGCAUUUUUCAACGGAUUUUGAAAGCACCGACCAACACAGAGAAAAAGGCGCUAUACCCAGAGGACGAGGAUGAUUGAUUAAGAGUUUGGAUGACCAAAAUUAGUUAUACGUGUAAUGGUUGAGGAAAUGUCAGUAUUUUAUCACGUCUAAGGAAGCCUUUGAUUAGCACCCACUUAUUUUAGAUCAGAUUUUAAUUGUGCGCUUUUAUCUCUGUUUUAGACUGUUGAGGUAGAACUGGUCAGUAACUAUUAUUAGGGCUAGUGCGUUUAAGUAAAAUUCCAAAUUAUCUAGUCUAGAAAUUUACAACUGAAUAUUAGUAGUGAGUAGUAGUGAAACCUUCAUUGUAAAAAAAUAAUCUAUUCUUCUGGUAUUCGUUGCUUUACAUGAGUUGGUGGAAAAAUUAGUUGAAGUUCAAUAAAAUUCUGUUUCUUAUAA